GGUAACUGGUGUGUCGGACAUGUUGCAGUUCUCCAGACUUCUCCCACAGUCCUGAGAGUUAGAGAGAGUUCCAGGUGCUGAGAGACGGAGGAGCUGUUAUUGUUGUUAUGAGGACGUUGUUAGCUUUGAUUUAAGUCGAGUAACUGGUUUACAGCGACACACAGGCGUUAGUAUGGAAAUAAUACACACGUUCACGGACUUCACUGCUGAACACUGAGAGAGAGAGAGAGAGACGCUCCUGUUCGCUUCAGGGUUCUGGUUCCGGGCGGAAUGGAGUCCUCCUGCGCCUCCUCGGGAACCUGCGCAGUGAACAGAGAGCAACCCGAGGGAGUGUGUGUGUGUGUGUGUGUGUGUGUGUGAGUGUGAGUGAGCGGGACUGAGGAGCUAUGGGGCUCAGAGCUCAGGGGCUGAUGUGUGGACUUGCGGCUCUGUGUGUGAUCCAGCACCACUCAGGACUGAGCCAGCUCUGCGACAACGGCAAGACAAAGCUGGAGACAGACCUCCCAUCUCCGGAUGAGUUUCUCUGCCUGAAGCCAAGUCCACUAACAUCAUCAGCUCCGGAGCUCCUGGAUAUUUCCACCAAAUAUAUUCCACAGUCAGCUAGGCAUGUCUGCAUGGGUUUACCCAUAACAUACCAUCAAACAAUCCCUAACAGUGGAGCUCACAGGCCUAUAGGAGCUCAGAGUGGAGAAUACUUGUACUGCCCUCCUCAACGCUGGCUUAACAACCUGAAGGAUGGCGCCACAGUGCUCCUGUUUCACCCCUGUGCUUCUCAGGAUGCUCGCAAUAGUCUGGCGGCCGUGGCUCAUUCCUGUCUGCCUCACUUUAUCCUCACAGCUUAUCCUGAUCUCAGCCAGCAAAGACCAAUUGCUUUGGUUUCCUGGGGUCGCACACUAGAGAUGUCCCACAUCAGCACAGCAGGAUUGUGUGAGUGGUUGUUUACAUCGUCCUCCAGCUUUAACCAAACAACAGCAAGCCACAAUUACAACCUGUAUUUGACAAAAGCUGCACCAAUAGACCGUGCACUGAAUACAUCUGUGAAGUCCCUGAAAGCAUGCUGUGUGGAGACUCUAUCUGCCUACGAGGCUACAGCGAGAAUGAGGAAGGUCCGAUCAGUCCCGCAGCCUGCAAAAGAAGAAAUGGAGAAAGAAGAAGUGAAACACUCUAAAACUGCUUUUUCCAUCAGCUCUGAGUCUGCCACACUAAAUUCUACACACAGACAGGAACUGAACAAUAGCGAGGAUAAAGAUUCUCUUUCUAAAGACCCUCACAGCAAUGUCAGCACUGUCCAUACUGCUGUGCAUGCAGAGGAACGUGGAGGUGGUGUGAGGACGGACACAAAGACAGCAACCACACAGAUGAAGACACUAAAAGACCCACAUGGCGACACCAGAGGAGAUAAACCUGUGAUUAACACACAUGAUUCACAAAAUGAUGUUAAGUCUCCAAAGUUGAUCAACACUGACACUUCAAGGAAGCAGCGCAUUAAGACUGAUCUAGGUGAGCUGAGUGCAGUAGGGUGUGCGGGUUCCGGUCACUGCGGAACUCCUGACAUGGACCCUGCAGUAGUAAGAGGACCACUGAAGGGACGCAAGAUGACUGUCCAGCGCACCGACGAGGCUGUGUGGGCAGCAGCAGCUCUGGGUUUCCUCCUGGUUUUGCUCACACUUUCAGUGCUCCAUACACGCUUGUACCGAAACUGCCGUGCACCGUCCAGCCUGUACUGGCGAGAGAGCCAGCAGGACUAUGAAAGUGUCGCAGACAUCAUUCGCAGGAGGCUGAAGAAGGUGGGCAGGAGGAAGAGGAGAGCGAGCCAAAGCAGGCGGCAGGAAUGUCCUUUGCUCUCUGACUCCAGCACUGAUAAUGACUGACUCACUGUAGGACAGUGGAUGUGAGGAGUCCAGUCUCUUCCCAAUUCACUAAAUGCAAGUCUGCAUUUAACAGCACUGUAGUUCCCUGUUGUGCACAGGAACCUAAAUGAAGGACCAUCUAUUACAUGACCCAAAACAGGUUUUUGUUUUUUUCUAAACCAAUGAAGUUUGUAAACAUGUACUCUGACUUUAUUUAAGCCUUUUAAUUGUGUGUUUUUAGACGGUACAGUGCCUCGAUAUAGAAGUCUUCACUACCCCCUUUAUUUAUUGACUUUUUUUUUUGUACUGUAUUUUAACAUCAAAUUUAAGCAUAUCAGAGUAAGACUUUAUGUGCUCCUAUCAAAGUGACGACAGAAAUAAACUACACAGAUGUCCAUUAGAAUUAUUUUUGUAAUUUCAAAUUGGAAAACUUAAAAAGAUUUGUGUUGUCUCAGAUUUAGACUUGUUGAGCUUUGUAAAUUUUUAUUUAGACAUUUUCUUUCAUUCCUGUUAAAUGAACAUUGAUGGUUAGCAGUUAUUAUUCUUCAGUAAAAUUUAUGUCUGGCCUUUGAUUGUAACUUUAAACUGACCAAAGAAAUUCUGAAUUCUAAAGCUGUGUAAUAAAAUCAAAUAUAAAGUUGCAAUACAGUAAAACAGUAGUUAUCACCAGG